UCAAGCCACGAAAACCAACUAAAACCCACCAAAAAUCUCUGCUUUGCCAUCCGUCCUCAGCUUCCAUGGAGCCACAAUCGCUGCAGCAGCAGGUAGAACAAUCACAAUCAGUACCUCUCCAGGAUUGCUUGAAGCUACUAAAAGGCGAGAGAGACGAGCAGCGGCUGGCUGGCUUGUUUCUCGUCACCAAAUUCACUCAAAGUGACGAUCUUGUUUCCCUUAAAGCUAUCUACGAUGCUGUUGGACCUCACUUUUUGGACCGCCUCUUAAGGACCGGGUUAGGUAAAGGUGUGGUGAGUAGUGGUAAUGGUGAAAACCGGGAUGCCUAUUUGCAGCUGUCGGUUACGGUUCUAUCUGCGUUUUGUCGAGUUCCUGAGAUUGCUUCUUCAAAAGAAAUGGUUUCAAAGAUUCCAAUGGUUUUGGAAGUAAUGUCAAAGGAAUCAGGCUUACCUGUGCUGGAAGAAUGCUAUGAAUUUUUGUACUUGGUGUCAUCUGCUUCCGAUGGGAUGACAGCAUUGUACGAGCGUGGAGGGAUGAAGGCACUUGCUGGUCAAAUGUCCGCUCUGUCAGAUGGGUCUCAUUUGAUGGAACUUGCCAUGAAGCUUAUACAGAUGAUGCUGAAGAAGCUUUCUCAAGGCAUCAUUGAAAAUGACCAUCACUCUGAGCUUUCAAUCGUUGUGGCGGAAGUAGCAAGACAAUUUGCUCUCCUACAAAGUGCCUUAAAGUUUGAAGCACUUCAUUUAUUGUCUGCCAUCUUCUCUUCAGAAUAUUCGACAUUACUUCAUGAUGCUCUCCGUGUUGUUCCAAAUGAGAACUGGUCAAACCAUAUACGUGAUGGUGUUGCAACAAUCUUACAGAACCGUGUUGCACCUGCUGAAAAAUUUGAGGCCCUUAUUCUAGCUGAAUCCAUGGCAUCUAUAAAGGGUGAAAGUUGGUUGAUUGGUCAAAUAAACUUGCCUAAUGUACAGGACCCUAUUCCAGCUGACAGGUGUCUAUUGCUUGUCUUAGAGUCUUCAAGGGUUGAAGUUGCUGUUUUGCUGAAUGAUCUAGCCUACACAAAAUAUGAAGCUUCUAAGAGUUCUUCAUCAACAGCUGAAACUAUAAUUUCGAAGCAACAGAAAGUGACUAUUGUCUUUUCCUUGGUGGAGAAGAUAAUAAAAUUGAUAUCAAACAUUGGUGAAACUGAAGGGAACCCUGUUGAUGAAAGUACUUUCAUAAAGGUGAUCAAUGGGCUUAAUGAGACAAUUGGUGUGGUUCUAGAAUAUCUACAAGAUGCAAAGGAACAUGGGCAAAAAGUAGGAAAUGAUCUUCUUGCUUCAGUACGUCUUAUUGGGAGCUAUCUUGCAGAAACACCCAUUGCAUGCAAAGAUAAAAUCGAGGAACUUUUGGGGUAUAUGCUUUCAGUUGAAGGUGAAGAUGAAUCAAGUCCAUUUUACUCUGUAUGCUUUCUGCUACCAAUGUUGUGUCAAAUGACUAUGGAAAUUGAAGGAUGCAAACUUUUGGCCUCUUCUGGAGGUUAUAAAGCUGUUGUUGACUGCCUCAUAAAGUUGAUAGAGCAGAACAUACAUGGGGUUGAGGAUAACGAUUGUGUUUUCUUGGCUUGUGAUACAAUUAUGAAUUUUCUUUUAAAGAGAGAGCAAUUUCCCUUUCCUGAGGAUGAAUCAACAUUUUUUAAUCUUUUGAAGGCACUGGCACUUUGGACAGAGAAAACUAAUGACCAAUCUGUUGUCAUGAUGGCUUCGAGUAUUUGCUCACUGAUAUUUGAUUUGUCAUCGGAAAAUGAUCUUUUGAAUCAUCCUGGUUUUAGUAGCAGCUGUCUCGAUAGCCUGUCACGGCUCAUUGCAAGAAGCUUGGCUUCAUGGGGACAGGGUAUGUCUGAUGUUGCUAAAGCAGACAUGGAUCUUCUAGAGAUUGUUACUGCAGGAUAUUCUAGAUGGGCUGAUCGAUUCCCUCGAAUACGAAAAGCAGUUGAGGGAUAGUUCGAUCGACGUAGCUACUUAGUUUCCUUGAAGGUAUAUGUUAUCUGUGUCCAUGGAUUUUUACCCUGAUGCCAAGCCUCUUCAACAACAAUGACGGAUGAGAAUCAAUAAAAAAAGAACAGCAAAGGGAAUCUAUACUUUUACCUUCAUUCCUCGAGACGGCUUGUCGAUGUGUGUUCGGAAAGAAACAUAGAGACUAUGUUUAAUCAUGGGAAGUGGUCGUUGGAAACCCCUCUUAAUUUAGCUGUGUGUUCGGCCUAAUUUAUUGAUUUGCACUUGCAAGCAGUCAAUGUAGCAUAGUACCGUAUUUAACAAAGCGUGAACGGACGGUAUUGGUUCAGUUAGGCAGACAUGGUAAUUUGACCUUGUAUCUUAUAAAAGUUGGGCAUCCAAUGCGAUAUUUUAAAGUUCAUUAA